AUGUCCGACACCUUUCUCACGCGCGACACAGAGCACCCGCCCAUACCAGCGGCGGCGAGAGAUUGUGUCUCAACAUGCUCAUCGAGCACGCACUGCACGGGUACCUCGCUCGCCGUCGCCCGCUUCCUCACAAACACGCGUCGAAAGUCCGUGUGCUUUGUCAACCCGUCGGGCUCGGCGCUCGGCGAGCUCUCGCGUGCAGCGAAGCGGAUGUCGCUCACAAUCACCAGCUCAGAGGAGCAGAAUGUCGGGUCGAUAGUGCGGCUCAUCAAAGCAAUAGAGCCGCCGCUGGAGCUGCCGCCGCCCUCGCCGCACGUCGUUUGCGGCGAGGCGCCACCCUCGCCACAUGGGCUGUGCGGCGAGGAGCAGAAUGUGCCGCGAACGCCGGCGCCGCCGGCGCGCUCUGUCAGCUUCAACACGCAGGAGGUGGUGAAGGCGGUGCGGCGGGUCGUGUCCGACUCGAGCGAGCGUCCCUCCCUCACCGAGGACGGGACGGGCGGCGUCUACCUGAUCCGCGAGAGCUCGGACGGCGUGCCUCUGCCUCCGGUCGCCGUCUUCAAGCCGGCGGACGAGGAGGCGGGCAGUGAGAAUAACCCGCGAGGCCUGUCGGAGCACGUGAUGCGCGAGGGGUUCCGGCCGGGCGGAGGGGCGGUCCGGGAGCGGGUGGCGUACAAGCUCGACCGCGGCUUUGCGGGCGUGCCUCGGACGGCGUUGGAGAGGCUGCUGCUGCGCUCCAAGACGGGCAAGCACCUGACCGAGCAGUGCGGCAGCAUCCAGGAGUUUGUCGGAGACGCCGUCGGCGACGCGAGCGAGUUUCGCUUCGACGGCUCCGAGCGCUCCGAGUUUGACGAGGCGCAGAGCCAGCGGCUCAGCGUCCUCGACUCGCGCCUCUUCAACUGCGACCGGCACGAGGGCAACGUGCUCGUGACGGGCGCGCGCGGCGGCGGCGGGCGGCGCGGGAUCGUCCCCAUCGACCACGCCUUUUGCCUGCCCGCCUUUGGCUUCUUCCGCGAGGCUGAGUUCACGUGGCGGUACUGGGCGAGCGCGGCGGUCCCCUUUGGAGCGGAGGUCCUGCACCACGUGGCGAGCCUGGACGUGGACGCCGACGUCGAGGCGGCGAGGGCGGCCGGGCUGGGCGAGUCGCCCUGCGCGACGCUGCGCGUGUGCACGACGCUGCUCAAGCGCCUGCUCGGCGGCAGCCGGGCUGGCCGCGCGACGCCGCGUGACCUGUCGGAGGCACUCAUGCGAGAGGAGUAUGACCGCCCCUCCACGCUCGAGAGGCUGUGCGCGCGCGCCCUCGGCCUCCUCGACGAGGGCGGCGAGCUCUCAGACGCCGGCCUCGUCGAGUUCGUGCAGGCAGAAGCGGCGCGGCGCGGCGAGGAGUAUGCGCCUCCGCUCGAAUUCUACGCGCGGCUGGAGGAGGCGAUGAGGGAGGAGUACCUGUAGUGUAGAGUUUCGUGCGGGCUGCGCCUAUACGUAGCCGCAGUGUGUCGGUCGCACGGGAAGAAAUGUGUCUCAUGGGUGUGGCGUCUGCUAUAUCUCGCUAUAUAGGGCG